ACAGUGCUUCCGGUGGUGUUUCCUGUCAGUGUUUGUAAACUGAGGAAAAAAAUUGGAAGUGCGACAAAAAAGAAUUACCUACUAAAGUCACAAAAUUGGAAGACUUCAGCCCCUGAUGAUUUGGGUGGGUGGUCUCUUCUAUCCCCCUUCAUUGUGAGUGAAGCCCCCCAGUUCCCCCAAACACACACGCAUUCAAAGCACGGCGAUGACACACCAUUCCAACAACUCUGUUCGAGACCAUAUGAAAUGGGCUGGGUUGCUGGGCUGUGAGGCGGUGCUGUCCAGCAUGGCCCUGAUGCAGGCCAACAGCAUCCCAGGCCAGAAGAAAAUGAUGUCAACAUUGGGCCAGGGGCACAGAGCCAGUGCUGAGAGCCAGCAAACCCACUCACAACACAGUCCCAACCACCAUGGGCACCAGGUUCACCAUGGACAACCACACCACAGCCACAUGGGCCAUCCAUCAACUGGGAGCUGUCCACCUCUGCUAAUCCGAAAAGAUGGUGAUUAUCACUCAUCAAAAUUGCUGGAUGGAAAGGAUAUGCAGGCAAACCAGAACAUGCAACCCAAGAAAAAGCACAAGAAAGCAUCCAACAAAGUUAAAGAGAAAGUGGAGCAUUUACUUCCACCAGAUUUGGAUGACCUCUCUUUGAAAGUUCAGAAGAACUUCAUCUGUGACCACUGCUAUGGAGCUUUUCGGAGCAGCUACCACCUCAAGCGACAUAUACUCACACAUACAGGGGAAAAGCCAUAUGCCUGUGAUGCGUGUGACAUGCGCUUCAUUCAGCGUUACCACCUGGACAGACACAAGCGGGUGCACAGCGGAGAGAAGCCGUACCAGUGCGACCGCUGCCACCAGAACUUCUCGCGGACAGACAGGCUGCUGAGGCACAGACGGCUCUGCACAGUCGGGAUGAGCAAAGAGGAAAACCAGUACUCACAGGACGCUUCCGGCCAUCCAGCUUCCUGGAGCCCCUUACAGCCUUCCAACAACCGUCUGACUGUAUGACCCCCUGACUCAAACAGAGACCCCACAGAAAAAGAGCAGUCUGUUGAACAUUGGAGAUGAAACAGUACUGUAACCCUAGAACAGAUCUGCUUAAACAGAACCCAUCUUUAGUCCACUCUCACCAGCUCACUCAGCUUAGUAGUGGAUUUGAAUUUUUGUACUUUUUUUAAUUUAUGGUUAUAUUCAUGUUACACACAACAAGAUGACAGUUUAUGCUGUGUUUCCAUCAUGGUACGGUUUGGUAUGCUAAAGCCCCAGGUCAGACUUGUGUUUGACUUGAGAACAGUACCUUUAAUUUGUAGGCGGGGUGUGAGCUGGGUCCGAUGACCGCAUAGCGCGACAUUGUACCGGCGCGACUACAACGAACUCGACAACAGACGACAAUGGAAGAGCUCAGUUUGUGACUGUUUGUCUCAACACGACGUCAAACUUUGUAUGAGAAUAGACUGCGGGCGUUUGCCUCAACUUCUGAUAGCAACAGAGUGUCACAGCUGCCAGUCUAGCUCCAUAUUGUACCAAUUUACUCUGGUACAAAAAUGGAAUGAUAUAUGUGCCAUACUGUAUCAAACUGAACCUUUCCUUAUGGUGGAAACAUGGCAUUAUUCACAAUUCUGGACAACAGGUCAAGUCAUUAUGGCAAUAAUUGAAUGAAACACACACAUCUCCUUUUUAUCCGAAAGGUUGUAGGGAUUUUCUGGCAGUGCUGUCAAGCAAUUUCAAGAAUGUUUGACUGCAUGGACUGUCGAGUAGAGACUGUUUCUGUUUAUCCUGCUGAUGUGCAGUCGGCACCGGCGUUGCCUGCAACGGACAGUUCAGUAAAGGACACAAAGAGUCGAUCAGUGAAAUGUGACAGCAGACUUGUGGUCUGUGCUGCCUCGAGGAAAACGAUUUGCCACCUGUCCAUCGCUGUGCUGUGUGCUGAACAUAACACCUACAGUAUACAACACUAAAAAAGACAGGUGCGAGGACACUAAAAGUUACAGAGAUGCUCCCAAUGUUUCAUUUUCAAUUAAGUGUUGUGUAAAGUAAAGUAAAAGGUGUGUGGCUAUUAUUGGUACACAUCCACUGCUGUACCUUAUUUCAAAGGGGCCAUGUCGUGACUGUUUUUAGGUGACACCAUUGAAACACCGUGAAAUUUUGACAGGUUUGUUAGUUAUAGCCCAGAAUUUUUUGAUGCCCUUGAAUACAUUGAGUGAGCUUGUUUUUUAAUCAUAUUAGCUGGAUGUAGGAGCCACCUAUCCGUGGCAGUGUACUGUAAAUUCAGUGCGUUGACCGUCUCUGUUUUCCUAGAAACCUCCCUCAGUCUUAUUUUUUCCCCUCUGACUGUGAAAGCCUUGCAUCCCGUCAGAGAUUUCCAUCACCCUGUGAAAUCUCAUAACUCAUUUUUGUAACACUGUUUGCACACAGGUGGAUCGAAAGUAGAAUUAGAGCCCAAAUAAUCUUCUCUCCAGAUACCUGGAGCUCACCACUUCGUUUCCCAUACUCAUGAAAUUAGCCCCGGCCAGUUCAAACUGCUUCAAGUGUAAUUUAUCUCAUCUGAAGGUUUUUGGAAGCCGAUCUCCGUCUUGACCUGACUGAAUGUGAUCCGAAUACAGUGCCAUAACAUUUCGUCUGCAGUUUUCACCUUGAGCAUCUUCAGUGAAGAUGAUAAUUGUACUUCAUGGGAAAAGAAGGUCCACAUGGCAUUUUCUAUGAUGACAACCUACAGUGUUGCUGUAUGUUAAUGUUAUGGGCCUCUGUAAGAUCAAGUCAGUUUGUAAACACUGGACUGAAGAUGGUAGCUCAAUUGUAAAGGAAGUGGUGAGUUUUAACGCUUGUUUUCUGUUUAGACUAAAAUGUGUUUUACAGUAGACUGGUAGUCCUGUUGCUCUCAGACAUCCAGAUCAUGUCAAAGGAGUUUUUUUAUGGCCCAACACUGACUCGUCUGCUGUUUAUUGAAGUUAAUAUAUAUUUAAAAUGUAUUAGGCGUAGAAAAUAGUACGUACAGGACCUACAUUCCAGAAGCAAAUCAAAGUAUUUACAAAGUUAUAAUCCUUAGUCUGAUCAUUUUUUAUGAUGACUGAAAAGGCCCUGAUGAGUUAAUGUUCAGCUUACUUGUAGGAAUAAAGUACAAGCUGACAGUCUUAGUGUAGCAGCCUUUAAUAGUCGGCAUAUUUUUUACUUUUUUCUUUUGCAUGCAUUUUAGCAACUUGCAUAUAUGUAUAUUUUUGUUAAAUUCUUUUUUUUUGUUGAAUUCUUGUAAGAGUGUAAGGUAAAGACUCAACAAGAGUUUUAAAUUUGAAACAUUUCAAUACAAGGCUUACACUUUUGAAAUAUUCUUCAUCAAAUAUCUACCUUUCACUCAUUUUCUACAACGAAAAAAAUGAAGUUAAGUGGGAACUUAUAUAAAUGAUGAAAUACUCGUAAACCAUUGUUCCCAUUGAGACUGAAAUUGUGUUCUUUAGCCUGUCCUCAGUCAGCUUUUGUUACUUGUCCAAGGAGUUUUUGAGACUUUGAGAAACAUGUAAUGCACCAGUCAUGUCAGCAGGUGGCGUCAAUGAUCAUAUGAGGGCUAUAUUGUUUUCUUUUUUUUUCUCCAUAGCAAAAGAAUGAAGACGUAGAAACAGUUUUAUAUGUUAUGUUUGUUUUUCUCAGAUUGGUUGUAAUUCAGGAUUAGUCACAACGCUCUGAAUAAAAAUAGCUGCAAGUGAUGAACAUGGA